GGGAGGAAGGAAGGAGCCAUUGUGCUGCCCAGAGGAGACCUGCCCGCUCACCCCCAACCUGGAGGUCACAGUCACAGUAGCUCAAGAUGAGGGGGGACUAGAUCAUGCUGCAGAGUGGCCUUCUGGGAGUGUCCAGUUACAGGGACCUGGGAACCGCCCUGGGCUGAGAAUUCUCCAAGUCCCCUCCCCCCUGCUGCUGUGAGCCAGGCUGGGGAAACACUUUCAGUUUUGUUUUCUUGUGUGCAGUAAAGGAAACUCCACAGAAGUCCUCCGAGGAGCAGAGCAUGGAGGCAGACUUCCAGGUGUGCAGCAACUGCAAAAGAAAUGUGGCCUCUGUCCACUUCGCCCUCCACGAGGCCCACUGCCUGCGCUUCCUGGUCCUUUGCCCGGAAUGUGAGGAGCCCAUCCCAAAGUCAAAGAUGAAGGAGCACGCAGAAGCUGUGCACCAGCAGACCAAGGACAUCCAACAGCAUCCUGCCAAGUGCAAAUUCUGUGACCUGGCCGUGCACCUCAGCAAGCUGGAUGUCCACGAGUCCUACUGUGGCAGCCGGACAGAGCGUUGUCCACACUGCAACCAGCCCAUCAUACUCCGAGUGUUGGCCCAGCACAAAGAGGUGUGUCUGAGCGCAAAGGCCAGGUCUGAAGAAGGGAAGAGAACUGUAUCUCCUGGAAGGAAAACCCAUUGCAAUUACUGCAAACAAAAGAUUCCAGAAAAUAAGGACGUCUCCCAUAUGAAACAAUGUCCAGCCUUAAGGACCGUGAAAUAUCUUCAGGAUGGAAAGCCAAAACUCCUUCCUCCAUCCCUUACAAGUCAGGUGACCGGAAGUCAAACACCCACAGUGAACAAAGAUGUUCGCCCAAAGACAAAAAAUAGAAACAGUUCAACAAAGCAAGAGGCAAAGGACCAAAAUGGCACCCUGGAUCUGCCUUUGAGGUCUGCGCUCCAGCAGAGGGCUGCUCUUGCUACAGGAGAUGAAGCAGCCUAUGACAUCUUUCAGAGGUGCUCUCAGUGUGGCAUCUUACUUCCCUUGCCUGUUCUAAAUCAGCACCAGGAGAAGUGCCGGAGGUUAGCUCAUCAAAAGAAAAACAAGUGAGGAGAACCAGCUAGCCCCAGAGGAAAGAGGUCCUAGGAUUCAGAAGAGUUCACACUGGCUUCCCAGUUCACACGGGCUUCCCUGCUUCCUCUCAUGGUGGUCACAACUUUGUUUUCCUUACCAAUCCCUGUAAUUGAAUUUUUUCCCUUUAAUUUUUGACAGUUUCAUACACGUUUACAGUGUACUGUAAUCAUACUUAUCCCCAUUGCCUUCCCUCAUCCCCAUCCCACUCUGUGAACCCCCUUUCUUCCCAACAGUUCCCUUCCUUCAUGUCUUCAGCCUGCAUGCAUGAGUGCUUUCGUGUGUGUGUGUGUGUGUGUGUGUGUGUGUGUGUGUGUGUGUGUGUGUGCAUGCACACACAUGCUGGCACACACAUGCAUAUGCAGGUCUUGUGCAGGUAACCACAGAUGACGUGUGUUCAUGUUUACAACAGCUGUGGCCAUGCUGGAUCUCAGCACUUUGGGUGGUCUUUAUUCAGGAAAAGAGUCAGCCUUUAAUCGUUGGGCUUCAGAAAAUGACCUUAGGCCUUUUCCUUCUUCUGAGCCAGACCUUGUUGGCCCAGCAGCUACAGAUGCCCGGGAGAAAAGGCCUUGUGUGCUGCCACUCAGCUCCUGACUAAGCACCUCGACUCAACUGCUGGGUUUCCGAGAGACCCCAGCCUUGUCCACAGUUUCCUCCUGUCCUCUUUCUUGGCCUUCCUCAUCGGUUUUCAGGACAAGACGUGUUAGGAGUGUGGGGGCUCGAGGGGGUGUGAUACAGUAAGAGAAAGGAAGUGGGAGGGGAAGGGAAGGGUAGAGCAUGGAGAAUUCAAGUUCCAGAAAGCAGCCACCACAAACUGAGCAUUCUGCAAAGGCUGACUGACUACAACUUUCAGGGCUGUGGAGAGGUUAGCUCAUUGCCAGUCCGGCACCAAGUAUCUUGAGCUGUCUCAGCCCCUUAAAUAGGCACUUGUCGUCCACAUCUGUGUGUGACCUAACAUCCUGACUCUUAGGUAAAGGUUUUGGAACAUAAGAGCAGAUUCCUACAGCUAAGAAAGUCAUCGUACGGUACCUGGGGCCCAUAGCAAGGUCUCCCUGCUUUAACGUGGUUAUUUGGGGCAAACUGAAUCUGUAUUUCUGGGGCAUGAUCACUCAUAUUUGGCUCCAAAAUAAACUGUUUCUUCAUCUCCUUUGAA